AUGGCGCUGCCAUCCGCCGGUCUCCUGCCCGCCCUUUUACUGGUGGCCGAUGCCCUGGCACUGGUGUUACUGGUGCCACUGGUACCGGUGCUGGCUCCGCUGGGCGUGGCGGGCGUGUGGCUCGAAGCCGCCCUGCGCUUGCCCGUCCUGGCCGUGGCCACCUGGCUGCUCGCCUCUCGCCGUCCCCCGGGAGCCACCGCGGCCACCGUCACUGUCGCCGCCACCCCGGCAGCCUUCGGAACCUUCCGGUACCUCCUGGGUCCUCCCGAGGCUGGCCCGUGGCUCUUGGCCAUCGCCUCGCCCGCCUGGCUCGGGCUCGCCCACGCAGCUGCCGCACUAGCCCAGCUUGCCUGGGCAGCGCCCCCGGUCCCCGAUGAUGUCACCGGGACCCCCGGCGAUGUCCCCAAGGCUCCCGGCGCCGUCCGGCGCGCUCUGGCACUCACCUGGAAGGAGCGGAACGUCCUUGGAGGUGCCGUCUUCUGCCUCGUGCUGGCGGCCAUUGGGCAGACAUCGGGACCCUACGCCGUUGGGAAGGCGCUCGAUGCCAUCGGCAGCGGGGAUGGACUCACCACCGGAGCUCUGGGGCUGGUGGCGGCUGCUGGAGCCACCAGCGUGCUGUUUUCUGGGUGCCGUGGCUGCCUCUUCAUGCUGCUGCAAGCACGUCUCAGACAGACCCUGCGCCUCCGGCUCUUUUCCCACCUGGUGCACCAAGACUUGGAUUUCUUCCAGGGAACGCCAGCAGCUGAGCUCAUGGCUCGGUUUUCCAUGGAAGUGCCUCGGGUGAGCUCGGCGGUGCCGACUGGAGCCAACCAGCUGCUCCGAAGCCUGGGAAUGGCCCUGGUGGUGGGGUCGUUCAUGGUGGGGCUGGCACCGGGAUUGGCACUGCUGGCACUGCUGGAGGUGCCCCUUGGAAUCGCUGCCCACCGCAUCCAGACCGCCCGGAAACAGGCACUUCAGGAAUCCAUGCUGGAAGCAUCUGCCCGGACAGCCUCGGGGGUGCAGGAAUCUGUCGCUGCCAUCGAGACAAUCCGAAUCUUUUCGGCAGAGGAGGAGGAGGAGAAGCAACACAGCUGCAACCUGGCCAAGCAGCUGAGGCUGAAGGAGCGCAUGGAGCUGGAGCUGGCAUUCUUCACCCUUGUCCACAGGAUGCUCCAGCUGACCAUCCGGGUCCUUCUGCUCUUCCGGAGCCACCAGCAGCUCCGUGAUGGACACAUCACUCCUGGGGUCCUGGUCACCUUCCUGCUGUACCAGGACACGGUUGGCAGCCAUGUCCAGGUGCUGCUCUACGGCUUCAAUGAAUUCCUGACCAAAGCGGCUGCGGGACAGAGGAUUUGGGAAUACCUGGAUCGGAAACCCACGAGGGACGUCGGGGGGACACGGGAGCCCCCCGAGCUUCAGGGCCACGUCACUUUUCAGAAGGUCUCCUUCGCAUAUCCAGGGAAUCCAGAGCGCCCCGUGCUGAAGGAUGUCACCUUUGAGGUGCGUUCCGGGGAGGUGACAGCACUGGCAGGGCCCAAUGGAAGUGGGAAGAGCACGGCCGUGGCACUGCUGGAGCGCCUGUGGGAUCCUGGGAAUGGCAAGGUGCUGCUGGAUGGGAUCCCACUGCCGGAAUAUGAACACCAGUACCUGCACCGGAAGGUGGUGCUGGUGGAGCAGGAUCCCGUCCUGUUUUCUGGAACAAUCCGUGAAAACAUCCUGCUGGGGCUGGACUGCAAAGAGUCAGAGCUGCAGGAAGCUGCCAGUGCUGCUGGAGCCACGGACUUCAUCCAGGGGCUGGGGCAGGGCUGGGACACCGAGGUGGGGGAGCUCGGGGGGCGCCUGGCAGCCGGCGAGCGGCGCCGCGUUGCCCUGGCCCGGGCUCUGCUCCGGCGUCCGGCCGUCCUCAUCCUCGACGAGGCACUGGAUGAUGGAGACGAGGGGGCACAGCGCUGGGUGCGCACCGGGCUGGCCCAGACCGUGCUGGUCGUGUCGCACCGGCCGAGGGUGCUGGACGCCGCCGAUCGCCUCGUGGUGCUGGAGCACGGAGCCGUGGUGGAGACUGGAACUCCAGCCCAGCUACGGCAACGCUGCGGGGCUUACAGCCGCCUGCUGCUGGGUGGGGGCAGCGCUGACACCCCCAGGGUGGGCAGCGAGGAGGAGGCUGCAUCUGGCAGGGAAUGAAGGGGAAUUAACCCCAGUG